AUGGUGCGGGAUCCUUAUAGGUUCGACCUCAACGACUUUCUAGAGCCUGACCAGCAUCCCAUAUCAUUCGACGAGAUCGCGUUAUUCCCUGGAGAGUUUGCAAAUGAUAGGCCCUAUGGAGAUUUUGCGAAUAUCGACGGAGCACUCUCCGCAAGCUACUUUUACAGUCCGUUAGCAGAAUCGUUCAACCCGGAAUCUUUCGAUGCGAACAACUUUGACCCUGACCUAGCCCCAAGCCUGUCUACUCGGCAAGUGAAUGGGUCCUCGAAAGAAUCGGCCCGCAAUGAAACAAGGCGUCUGGCUACUGCCUAUACAAUGCUUUGCGCGUAUUCGACUGCAUCGCAUCCGGCUCGUCCAUCAUCGCCUCAAUCAGUCAAAGCACAUGAAAGAUACACACAAAAUCUGAGGCGUCUUGGGCCACCAGAUUACGAUGAUGUCGUGAUCAACGUCUUCAUUGGACUUUUCCAAAGGCACAUAGCCCCGACGUUUUCCUGUUUUCAGGGCUUUCGCAUCGGACCUUCGACACCGGCAGAGGUAUAUCUUGGUGUGGCCGCGGUAGGAGGUCUCUACUGCCAAGUACCAAAGGCCGAUAUUGUGGCAAAGUGGUUACAAAGGAUUGCAAAGCGCAAACUGCUGACGGUGGUCCACAUUCAGCAUCCUACUACUCUCUUGGACAAUUUAUCAAUCCUACAGGCUGUGAGUCAUAAUCAAGAGCCAUCUUCCAUGAUUUGGCCUCUAGGAUGGCUCGACCUCCGUGGAAUUGGAGCUGAUUUUUCACCCAUAAAGUACGUCCUGAUGGAGAUCUUCGCCUUCAUCUCCCACGACCCGAGGACCCUCUUUCUCCUCGAGGUGUUUCACUGCCAGGUGGUCCAGGCCUUCCGCGCUUCCAAUCUUGAGCAAGAUAAUGGUUUGACUCCUGAUUCAGACCGAAGGAGUCUCCUCAACGCUCUCGAUCUCUUGGAAUGCUACCGGACUGUGUUUCAGCAACGUCCAGCUAGGUUCUACCCGCUGGCAUUCACAAAUUCGAUGUCUCUUAUCAACCAAGAUCCCAUGCCUGACACUGCUAACUGGAACCGGGGUACGCUGAGGUCUUUGGUCCUGUCAUUCCUGUCCUGCCACGAGCCAUGUUGCAAGAUCGAAUCUUCCUCACUGAGCCUUCAGAGUCUCUCAAUGCUGGCUGUAUUAACCUCCUACGACUGUCGCCUUCCCGGUCUUCGCUUACGGUACCUCAAGUUAGCUGAUGAUACCUCUCCCCACCCGUCUCACGAGCUGCGCUUGGAGUUUCUUGAGCUUGCUUUGCAAAAGUGGCUCCGCUCCCACGUUGUGCAACCUGAUGCCGGGCCCCUAAUGCUUUAUCAUCUCGUCCACCUCCGCAUCUACUGCAACCUGACCGCCAUAGACCGAUUGGCGCAUUGGGCGAUUGCCUCGAAGUCGUCCUUCUCAAGCGCACCACUUCCGGGGGCUCCAACUCCUGGGCAAUGCUUUACUUCUUCCCAAAGCCAGGACAAGGCCGCAUGGCAUGCCACCAAGAUUUUGGAAAUUGCAAAAGGCCCGGGUUUUGAUGCCAAGGCUAGUGACAAUGUUAUGCACCUCAAGAAGGACGCUGGACAAGACAAAACUGAGGUGAUUCACUACAGUCACGCCGUAUACUAUGCAUCGAUGGUUAUGUGGUGCUCGACCACAUCCUCUCCGUUCUCUUCUCGGCAAAGCAAGUUGAGCACUGGGGACUCGAUGACGGCGCUAUCAAUUCUACGACAAGGCGUUGAGCUACUAUCUCACUCCGCUGCACUAGUCUCAAAAGCCUUCCAGCAGAUCUUGAAGUCACUAUAG